AUGUCUUAUAUAUAUAUAGAUGGGCAAGAGCAAAGUAAUUCUCCAUUUGUGAAACAUGCUAUUGCUGUGGAUGAGUCAAACAAAACUCAUGUUAUUUCUAUCACCAGUUCGGAGACCAAAGAUAUCCAAGAAUAUGUCGAAGAAAUCAAGUCAAUAUUUGGAUCAAUGGGAGAUGGAGAGAUUAGUUCCUCAGCUUACGACACAGCUUGGGUUGCACUAAUUGAAAAUAUCAACGGACCAAACUUUGGUCCUCAAUUCCCCUCGAGUCUAGAAUGGAUCGUGAACCAUCAGCUUCCAGAUGGCUCGUGGGGUGAGCCUAUGUUGUUUUCGGCCUUCGAUAGGCUCCUCAACACGUUAGCUUGUGUUGUCGCAUUAACUUAUUGGAAGGUUCAUCCUCAUAAGCGUGAUAAAGGAAUGAAAUUUGUGAAUGAAAACAUGAACAAGCUUGAAGACGAGAAGGAUGAACACAUGACAGCUGGUUUUGAGAUGAAUUUCACUAAGCUCCUUACACUUGCAGAACAACUAGGAAUCAAAAUGGAAGUGGACUCCAAGGUUUUGAAGGAUAUAUAUGCAAGACGAGACCUCAAGCUUGUAAAAAUACCAAUGGACGUAUUCCAUACAACCCCGACAACUCUCCUUCAUAGCUUGGAAGGAAUGAAUUCUAAAGAUUUGGAAUGGGAAAAACUUCUAAAAUUUCAACGCUUUAAUGGAUCCAUCGCCUUCUCUCCAGCAGCAACAGCUUUUGCCUUCAUGCAAACUAAGGAUCAAAAUUGUCUUGCAUAUUUGACUAACCUUGUUUCCCAAUUUAAUGGUGGAGUGCCAAUGGCGUACCCUGUAGACCUUUUUGAACAUAUUUGGACUAUUGAUCGCCUGCAACGUCUUGGAGUUGCACGUUAUUUUCGUUCUGAGAUCAAGGAUUGUGCAGCUCAUAUCUACAGGCAUUGGAAUGAUCAGGGAAUCGGAUAUUCCAGACACGUUGAUGUACCCGACCUUGACGAUACAUCGAUGGGUUUUCGAGUUCUUAGAUUAAAUGGUUAUCAAGUAUCUCCAGAUGCGUUUCACCGGUUCAAUAAAGAUGGAAAAUUUGUGUGUUAUACGGACUCAACAUCACAAGCUAUAACAGUCACCUUUAAUGUCUUUCGAGCAUCUCAAGUGUUGUUUCCAGGAGAACAAAUCCUCAAUGAUGCCAAAAUGUUUUCCCAAAACUAUCUGACCCAAAAGCAAUCAACCAACCAGCUUUUAGACAAAUGGGUUGUAGCUAAGGACUUGCCAGGAGAGGUAGGUCAUGCGCUCGACGUGCCAUGGUACGCUAGCUUACCUCGACUUGAGGCAAGAUAUUACUUGGAACAAUAUGGAGGUGCGAAAGACAUCUGGAUAGCCAAGAUUCUCUAUAGGAUGGGAAACGUUAGCAAUGACACAUAUCUUGAGAUGGCCAAAAUUGACUACAAUCACUGUCAAGCAAUUCAUCAAUUAGAAUGGUGCCAUCUUCAAAAAUGGUAUGCAGAUCUUAAUAUUGAGGGAAACCUAAACACAAGUCUUUUAUCGUCUUACUACGAGGCAGCGUCAAGCAUAUUUGAACCAGAAAGACGCACUGAGCGACUAGCUUGGGCCAAAACGAUCAUCCUACUCAAAGCCAUUACCUCAUUCUUUACCAAACCCGAAGUGUCAAACAAUGACACACAAGCAUUCAUACAUGCAUUCACAAAUUCCCAAUUCCAUCAUAAAGGCAAGAAACAAUGGCAGGUGUUGGUGUAUGCAAUUCGUGAAACUCUCAAACAGAUCUCCUCAGAAACAACGGCAGCCUAUGGCAUAGAUAUCUACCCGCACCUCCAUGGUGCUUGGACAUCAUGGCUAUUGGGCUGGCAAAAAGGAGCAGAUGAAGCACAAGGAAAAGCAGAACUUAUAAUUAGUAUGAUAAUUAUGAGCAGUGGCCAAUUGUUACCUGAGGAACUAUUAUUUCAUCCUCAAUACAAGCGACUCUCUAAAAUCACAGAUGACCUCUGUCACCAAAUCUCCCGUGAGGGGAAAAAUACCAUAGGCUCUGAAAUCGAAUCCAAAAUGCAAGAACUUGUGCAACUCGUGCUAUGCCACUCACCUGAGGAUCUUGAUCCAGAUUUAAAACAGACGUUUUUAUUAGUAGCCAAAACGUUCUACUACAAUUCCUACUUUGACCCUGAUACUAUAACCCGCCACAUUAGCAAAGUAUUGUUUGAAGAUGUAAUUUGA